UUUGAAUUAAAUUUACAGUUGUAAUCCAAAAGUUUGUAAGUGGAUACGUACCUUUAUAUUGAGUGUCAAUGUCACGUUACAGCAGCCCGCCCCCUCGCUGUCAACGCUCUCUUUCUGUAUAGACCUCAACCAUGGCAGCCGGGGUACUUUAUACUUAUCCGGAAAAUUUCCGUGCUUAUAAGGCUUUGAUAGCCGCACAGUAUUCCGGAGCUGACGUGAAAGUAGCCCCCAAUUUCGUGUUCGGGGAAACUAAUAAGUCAAGCGAAUUCCUCAAGAAAUUCCCAGCCGGAAAAGUGCCAGCCUAUGAAAGUGCCGAUGGGAAAGUUCUGCUCACCGAGAGCAACGCCAUCGCUUAUUAUGUGUCUAACGCCGCCCUCCGAGGGUCGGAUGUGGCGUCUCAGGCGGCCGUGUUCCAGUGGGCGUCCUGGGCGGACGGAGAGCUGCUGCCCGCGGCCUGCGCCUGGGUCUUCCCCUACCUGGGCAUCAUGCAGUUCAAUAAAGUGAAUGUGGAGCGUGCAAAGUCCGACCUGCUGGCCGCCCUCAAGGUGUUGGACGAGCACCUGCUCACCCGCACGUUCCUGGUGUCGGAGCGGGUCACUCUCGCUGACAUCAUCGUCUUCUCGACAUUGAUACACGCCUUCCAGCACGUGCUGGACCCGUCCGUCCGCUCAUCGCUGGUGAAUGUGUGUCGUUGGUUCCUGACCAUGUCUCACCAGCCUCAGGUGUCCGCCGUGGUGGGGUCUGUGUCGCUGGCCGCCGCGCCGCCCGUCUACGACGCCAAGAAGUACCAGGAGCUCAGCAAGAAGCAGGAUGGAGCCAAGAAAGAUAAAAAAUCUGAGAAGAAGGAACAACCAAAGAAGAAGGAAAAAGAAGAGAAACCAGCUCCUCCAGCCGACGACGAGUUUGAUGACAAGCCCAAGGAGUCCAAGGACCCAUUCGACUCUCUCCCCAAGGGAACAUUCAACAUGGACGACUUCAAGCGCUGCUACUCCAACGAGGACGAGGCCGUGUCCAUCCCUUACUUCUGGGAGAAGUUCGAUCCUCAGCACUACUCCAUCUGGUUCGCCGAGUACAAGUACCCCGAGGAGCUGUCUAAAGUGUUCAUGAGCUGUAACCUCAUCACGGGUAUGUUCCAGCGCCUGGACAAGAUGCGCAAGCAGGCCUUCUCGUCCGUGUGUCUCUUCGGAAAGGACGACGACUCCUCCAUCUCCGGCGUGUGGGUUUGGCGCGGAGACCAGCUCGCCUUCACGCUCAGCCCUGACUGGCAGAUCGACUACGAGUCGUACGACUGGAAGAAACUGGAUCCGUCCAGCGACGAGACCAAGCAGCUGGUGCAGCAAUACUUCGCAUGGAGCGGCUGCGACAAGCAGGGCCGGCCCUUCAACCAGGGGAAGAUCUUCAAGUGAAGGGAGGCGGCGGGCGCGCGUUCACACUAAUAUGAAGUUGCAUUUACCUCGGGGCUGAGUGCGGCGGGCAGCGCCGCGCUCUACAAUAAAACUGUUUUGUAUUUC